GUCUCUGCCGAUAUCCAAACCGCGCGCUGAUUGUUGUGGCCGUCGUGCCACCUGCUGCAGAGGGGCUUUCCUCGGGGCCACACCACACCCGGAAGAACUCACCAGACACCACCGGCCAGCCGCCGCCGCCACGGUGUCGCCCUCGCAGCCGCACAACGCGCGGCCAGCAGCCAGCGCAGCAACUCCGGCAGAUUACGGCCGAUCGAUCGACCGAUGGCAGCAGCCCUGCCCAUGGAGCUCUGCUUCGCCGCACGCGCCGUAACGCCGGCGCCGGCCGGGAGGGCGCCAGCAAGGCCGAGGAAGCGGCGCGCCGGGGCGGUGCGGUGCGCGGCGACGGCGCCGGCACCGAUGGGGGAGAAGACGGAGUACCGGGACGGGCCGCUGGAGCGCGCGUUCAUGGGGCUGUUCGCGCGCAAGAUGGAGAAGUACGCGACGAAGAAGAAGCAGCAGCAGCAGCAGCAGACGGAGUUGGAGAAGAAGAAGAAGGCGGUGUGGGAGUGGGACUACGAGAGCUUCGUGGACGUGUCGCGGCGCGUGAUGGUGGGGCGGACGCGCGCGCAGCAGCAGGAGGCCGUCCGCGAGGUGCUCCUCUCCAUGCUCCCGCCCGGCGCCCCCGAGCAGUUCCGGAAGCUCUUCCCGCCGACGAGGUGGGCGUGCGAGUUCAACGCCGCGCUCACCGUGCCCUUCUUCCACUGGCUCGUCGGACCCUCCGAGGUCAUCGAGGUCGAGGUCGACGGCGUCAAGCAGAAGAGCGGGGUCCUCAUCAAGAAAUGCAGGUACCUGGAGAACAGCGGGUGCGUCGGGAUGUGCGUCAACAUGUGCAAGAUCCCGACGCAGGACUUCUUCACCAACGAGUUUGGGCUCCCUCUCACCAUGAAUCCAAAUUUCGAAGACAUGAGCUGCGAGAUGAUUUACGGUCAGGUGCCACCUCCCUUGGAAGAGGAUCCAGUGUCAAAGCAACCUUGCUAUCCAAACCUCUGUUCCAUGUCGACGCCUUCUGCCCCAGUCUGCCCCAAACUUCAGACAUAGGCAUCGCCGAGUUGAGUUCAGGUUCAGUUUCGUCAGCUAAACCUUUAGAGAAACCACAGUUGAAACCUCAUAUAGUACAUAGUAGCAGACCGUUCCUAGGAAACCUUUGGCUUGAGACGACCGAGAAAACUUGCACAUGAACAUCGGCUUGGUGCGGCAGCAACAUUGUUUUCUAUACAGAGUGUACAUAGUCUAGCUUAUAACUACAGUUACAGUUACAGAGUUGUUCUGAUUCUGAACUAGUACAGAGCAGAUAUUAUUAUAUAUACUGUGUGUGUGUAAGUACUGAAAACAUCGAUCAACACUCGUAUUGCUGUUCCUGAUCA